AAAUGUUCCAUUGUCGAUUCGUUUCGCAAGUUGUCGUCUUGGGCCAAAAUGUUAUAGUAUCACAUAUUUUUGUGGAUAGUGUUCAUGGCAUUGGGAACGAUUGGCCUUGUGUCAAUUCUGAAAUGGAAGCCACGCAUUUUGCCAAUGCCCCAAGUAUGUUAUCGUAUGGAAGAUGGUGUUGCCCACACCUGUUCGUCGGAUUACUCAUUAUGGCAACGACGUAUAGCCUUUCUUACUAGGAAGCUGCGUCCGUUUAAAAUUCGAGUUGCACGUUCGUUCUCGCAUUAUUUACGCGAGAAUCUAAUUAAUUAUUCGCCAAUGACCUUUUACGAAAUCAUUCGUCUUAUUAUCCUUCGUAGAAGCUUCCUAGAAUUACAAUUUCAUUAUUCAUUUAAGUAUUAAAGAACGGAAUAAUCGAUAUUUCUUCAGAUCGACGAUUGCGCGAACGCACGCUGGACAAAUUAUGGCGCAAGAAUUCCGGUGCGAUGGAAAUAUUCAUCGCGACAUUGGAGAAUUGCAAGGAUCACGUGAUAAACUACAGCAUCGCCUGCAUACUACACGAGUGCAUAUCACCCCGUAACGCGAAGGGGAAGACCAAAGGGAACAAGAACAAAAGUGCCACAAUAUCCAGCAGCCGAAUGGCAGUGAUGCAGCUGAUCAAUUUAGGAAUCACGCAAGCUCUAAUUAAACUUUUAGUUAAUCUGCAACACACGGACAGUAUUUCGAGCGAAGCCCUCACGCGAGAGGUGCUUUGGCUUUUGGGUCAGAUAGCCCAAAGGGACCAGAAGUUCGUGUUAAAAAUAAAGAUGCUUAAUACCAUUAAAGUGUUCCACACGCUCUUGAAGCAACAUUACAAUAAUAGCAAAACGUUGUUGCCUUUGUUGUUGAUCAUCAAAAGUCUCGCCAGAAAUUCAUUCUCGCUUCAAGUAUUGAUGAAGGACGGUAUCGCUUCCACGUUGGAGAAAACAUUCGUCGGUAUCGGUUACAUGCCUCACCUGAAACUCAAAUCGUUGUUAGAGUGUUUCAAAUAUUUCACAGCGAGCAAAGUUUGUUGCAUGAAAUUCGUGAAGGUGGGCCUGGUGCAUCUGUUGAUGAGGAUCUUCGAGAGAUGGGAUCGAUUCGACGGGCCGAUGAGACUGAAGAUUUGCAAUUCCACUUUGAUCACGUUACAGCACUUAUGCGUCAUAAAGGCCGGCAGGAAGGCUAUCAAGUUGAACAAUGGUUUGCAACUACUGUACCGGUUCUGCAACAAUUGCCCGGAGGAUAAGUCAUACGAUUCGUUGCUGUCGCGUAUUUGCGGGAUAAUCAAUCAAUGUCUGGAGAAGAAGGAGCUGCCUGUGCCCGAAAUGUCUCCGGCAAGAUUCGUGCUGCCGAACGAAACGAACAGGCCUAACAGCGUUGAGAGCGGUAGCGACAUCGACAGUCAGCCCUGCAGCGUCGCCUCUCUUGGACGAAUGUACAGCGAUCUUGAUUCGGGCGACGAAGAAGAAAGCCAGCAUUCAAGGACGAACGCGAAAACCAUGAACACGACCGACGAAGUGGACGAGAGCAAGUUCUUUGCCGGUGUGUUCACGUCGCAAAGGUCGGAGGAGGAGCUGGCCGAAUACAACGUUUUUUUCAAAGAAUUGGACAACCUUGGGCAUUAUCAAGCAUGCGGCGCAAAGUUGUCGACGGAGAAGAUCGUGGAUACGAUCGACACGAGAGGGUGUAGCAGGACAAAGAUAAAGGAUUUGUUGAAAGAAGGGGUAUCGAAGACGAGCCAAAUGUCGAAUGGCGAGGCGGCGAUCAAAAUAUUCAAAGACAUGCCCUCGAUUUUGACGGAUCAACAGGCUUAUUGCGUGAUAGCGAGCAGGGUGAAGAGCGUGAUCGGUUUCGUGAAGGUGGCUUACCCGGAUCUGAUCGGUGGCGACGGCCUCGGCAAGGACGAGCCGUUGAACAGCAAGGACAGAAGGGUGUGUCGUUCGAAACUUCUCACCUGCGUGGAACGUGGUCUUCACGGUAGCUUGUUGGCGCCGGAAGUGGUGUACGAUCUCGACGCCAUAACCACCUCGUCCAGCAACGCGUCCACGGACGAGCAAAAACUGAUCGACAAUCAUUUGUGCAACUGGGACGAGAACAGAAUAGGCAAGCGUUCCUUCGACAACAAACACUUGCACUUCGAGUCGAGAUUCGAGAGCGGGAACCUGAGAAAAGUUAUUCAGAUAGGCGUGAGAGAGUACGAUCUGAUCUUGACGCCGGACGUGAACAGCGGCUCCAGGCAUCAAUGGUUCUAUUUCGAGGUGUCGAACAUGGAGGCAUUGGCGUAUACGUUUAACAUUAUCAACUGCGAGAAAGCGAAUUCGCAGUUCAAUUUCGGCAUGAAACCGAUCCUGUUCAGCGUGACGGAGGCCCAGCUGGGCAGGCCCGGCUGGGUGAGGACGGGGGCGGACAUCUGCUACUAUCGAAACUGCUAUCAACGGCCCGCCAAGGGGAAGAAUUAUCUCACCACCUCGUUCACCGUCACUUUCCCGCACGCCUACGACGUCUGUUACCUGGCCUACCAUUUCCCUUACACGUACAGCCUGUUGAUGACCAAUAUCUGGAAGUGGACCAAGAGGGUGCCACCUAACACGUAUUUCAGAGCGGAGACCCUUUGCGAGACGUUGAACGGCAACGACAAUCCUCUGCUCACUAUCACGUCUCUCGAUUCUAAGAGCAAUCCCAUACAGAAUCGCAAGGUGAUAUUUCUAACGUCGAGGGUUCAUCCGGGUGAGAGCAACGCAUCGUGGGUGAUGGACGGUACAUUGGAGGCGUUGCUCGGUAACAAUCCUUACGCGAUGGGCUUGCGCGACGAUUACGUAUUCAAGAUCGUGCCGAUGUUGAACAUCGAGGGUGUGGUGAACGGUUGUAAUCGAUACGGAUUGACGAACGAAGAUCUGAACAGGCGGUGGAGCAAUCCGAACCAGGUGCUCCAUCCUGUGAUCUAUCACACGAAGGGUCUGAUGGAGUACUGCACGAGGGUGUUGCAAAGGCCUCCCUAUGUUUUCGUCGACUAUCACGGCCAUUCACGGAGGAAGAAUGUGUUUCUGUUCGGUUGCUCAAGGUCGGGUUCUUGGAGUGCCGCGGACAGGGCGAAACCGGACCAGCCGUCUCAGUAUUUGACGUUGCCGUAUCUCAUGCAAAAAAUAUCUCCAGCGUUCGCAUUGCCACUGUGCUCGUUCAAGGUCGAGAGGCACAAGGAGUCCACGGCUAGGGUAGCCAUAUGGCGGCAGUUAGGUGUUUCGAGAAGUUACACGAUGGAGAGCAGUUUUUGCGGAUGCGACCAGGGAUUGCUGGCGGGUUUGCAUCUGGACACGAAACACUUGAAGGCCAUCGGCCAGGAUUUCUGUCAGGCCCUGUCAAUGAUGAAGGAUUAUACCGAGAGUUGGAGUCUCGACAAGAUUUCUGAGCACAGGUCGUUGGAAGAGGAGUGUUGCCCGCUAAAAUGCAUUUCGCAGAAAUCAAAAACCGUUGCUAAAUGUAUUCAGGAUAAGCCUGCGGCUCUUCAUCUUGCCGCAAUUCCUUAACGAAUGAUUAAGCAACGAUUAAAGGAUUCCUAUGGGAGAAGGUAUUCCCGAGGAGACAGGAUGCAUGGAAGAUGACAUUACGUCUAGCUGCGAGUCAGAAGAAUCUGAUUUUGAGACUUAAACAAAUUUUAGUUUACAGAUUCUUAGACAACGAUAUCGACGAUUCGUAGUUUCUUUAUAAAUAGAUCGGAAGGUUUGUACAGGUUUUUGGCUGCGAAAUAAAAAAGAAAAAGAAAAAAAAAAACGAAAGAACAAACCAAAGGCAAGGAUUCUGUACACUUUGAAGAAUUUUUAUUUAAAACUCGUAACAAAUGUCAAGCUAUUUCCUACGAA